UGUGGGUGGAAGUGCACCGAUGGAGGAGCAGGGCGUGUCUCCCGAAAGCAGGGUGUGGCCAGUGGUCCUGAUGAUCAGCCCGGUGGCCAGUCACCGGUCCUUGGCAGGCUGGCGUUAAGCCCGCACUGUCCACUGUGCGACGAACAGGUGGAGGGUGGACGAUACAGAGGAGGCUCGGAACCCGCUGCGGAGGUUCCCGAAGCCCCAUUGCUGUCAGCGUCGAGCCGCACCCCUCCGGGCCGCACUUCCUCUCUCAAUCCCCAGUGCUAGAGAGUCCCGCUAGGCUCAGUGAUUCUGGCUUGCAGUCUGUCGCUGCCGCUACGCCUUGGCUUCAGCCUGAGGGCUCCAGGUCCCAACCAGGCCUACCCCACUGCGGUAUGAGAGAGAGGGGAACCUUAACAUCUCCAUCGCCACAGAAUUUUCAGCUGUAAGAAGCAUCCUCCUCUCUCAGGAUGACUUCAGCCUCCAGCCCCCCAGCUUUUAGGCUGGGGACCUCUGAUGGAGAUGAAGAAGGCAGUGCUGAGGCAAACAAAGGAAAGCAUGAGCCGCCACCCAUGGAGUCACCCUUCCAGGGUGAGGACCGGAAUUUCUCCCCUCAGAUCAAAGUGAAUCUCAACUACCGAAAGGGAUUGGGUCCCAGCCAGCAGGACCCAAAUCGCUUUGACCGUGACCGACUCUUCAACGUGGUCUCCCGGGGCGUCCCCGAGGACCUGGCUGGACUGCUAGAAUACCUGCGCCGGACCAGCAAGUACCUCACUGACUCAGCAUACACAGAAGGCUCCACUGGAAAGACGUGCCUAAUGAAGGCCGUGCUGAACCUUAAGGAUGGGGUCAACGCCUGCAUCCUGCCGCUGCUGCAGAUUGACAGGGAUUCCGGCAAUCCUCAGCCCCUUGUCAACGCCCAGUGCACCGAUGAGUUCUACCGAGGCCACAGUGCGCUGCAUAUCGCCAUAGAGAAGAGGAACCUGCAGUGCGUGAAGCUGCUGGUAGAGAAUGGAGCCAAUGUUCACAUCCGAGCCUGUGGUCGCUUCUUCCAAAAGCACCAAGGAACUUGUUUCUAUUUUGGUGAGCUACCUCUUUCUCUGGCUGCAUGCACCAAGCAGUGGGAUGUGGUGAAAUACCUCCUGGAGAACCCACACCAGCCUGCCAGCCUGGAGGCCACUGACUCCCUGGGCAACACAGUCCUGCAUGCUCUGGUAAUGAUUGCAGACAACUCGCCUGAGAACAGUGCACUGGUGAUCCACAUGUACGACGGGCUUCUCCAAAUGGGGGCCCGCCUCUGCCCCACUGUGCAGCUUGAGGACAUCUGCAACCAUCAAGGCCUCACACCCCUGAAGCUGGCCGCCAAGGAAGGCAAAAUUGAGAUUUUCAGGCACAUCCUACAGCGGGAAUUCUCAGGAGAGUACCAGCACCUUUCCCGAAAGUUCACAGAGUGGUGCUACGGUCCUGUCCGUGUAUCACUGUAUGACCUGUCCUCUGUGGACAGCUGGGAAAAGAACUCGGUGCUGGAAAUCAUCGCUUUCCAUUGCAAGAGCCCGCAUCGGCACCGCAUGGUGGUCUUAGAGCCACUGAACAAGCUUCUGCAGGAGAAAUGGGAUCGGCUCAUCCCAAGAUUCUUCUUCAACUUCGCCUGUUACUUGGUCUACAUGCUCAUCUUCACCGUAGUUGCCUACCACCAGCCUUCCCUGGAGCAGCCAGCCAUUUCCUCAUCAAAAGUGACUUUUGGAGAAUCCAUGCUGCUGCUGGGCCACAUUCUGAUCCUGCUUGGGGGUAUUUACCUCUUACUGGGCCAGCUGUGGUACUUUUGGCGGCGGCGCCUGUUCAUUUGGAUCUCAUUCAUAGACAGCUACUUUGAAAUCCUCUUCCUUGUCCAGGCUCUGCUCACAGUGCUGUCCCAGGUGCUGCGCUUCAUAAAGACUGAAUGGUACCUCCCCCUGCUAGUGUCAUCCCUAGUGUUGGGCUGGCUGAACCUGCUUUACUAUACACGUGGCUUUCAGCACACUGGCAUCUACAGUGUCAUGAUCCAGAAGGUCAUCCUGCGAGACCUGCUCCGCUUCCUGCUGGUCUAUCUGGUCUUCCUUUUCGGCUUUGCUGUAGCCCUAGUAAGCUUGAGCCGGGAAGCCCGAAGUCCCAAAGCCCCUGAAGAUAACACCACCACAGUGACAGAAAAUCUGGGCCAGGAGAAGGAGCCAGUCCCAUAUGGGGGCAUUCUGGACGCCUCCCUAGAGCUGUUCAAGUUCACCAUUGGUAUGGGUGAGCUGGCGUUCCAGGAGCAGCUGCGCUUUCGUGGGGUGGUGCUUCUGCUGCUGUUGGCCUAUGUCCUUCUCACCUACGUCCUGCUACUCAACAUGCUCAUUGCCCUCAUGAGCGAGACCGUCAACAGUGUUGCCACUGACAGCUGGAGCAUCUGGAAGUUGCAGAAAGCCAUCUCUGUCUUGGAGAUGGAGAAUGGUUACUGGUGGUGCAGGAGGAAGAGGCAUCGGGCAGGGAGGCUGCUGAAAGUGGGCACCAGGGGGGAUGGCGUCCCUGAUGAACGCUGGUGCUUCAGGGUGGAGGAAGUAAAUUGGGCUGCAUGGGAGAAAACGCUUCCCACCUUAUCUGAGGAUCCAUCAGGGGCAGGUGUCACUGGUCAUGAAAAGAACUCAACCUCUAAACCCAGAAAGAACAGUGCCUCAGAGGAAGACCAUCUGCCUCUUCAGGUCCUCCAAUCCCACUGAUGGUCCAGAUGCGGCAGCAGGCUGGCAGGGUAGAGUAGCUAAUCUUUCCAGCCACACCAGAGGCUACUGAGUUUUGGUGGAAAUAUAAAUAUUUUUUUGCAUAA